AUGACUCGUACUACGUUCCUCCUGCUGAUGGUCGCCUUCGCUCUGUACCUAUCGCAGCCGGCCCACAGCGCUGGCGGAGGCGGGUGGCCCAACUGGGGCAACGGCAUCAGCAACAACCACCGCGCAGUCGAUGAAACCUGCAUCCGCCAGUCGAAUGUGCACCAGCUGACGCCUAAGUGGAAGCUCGACGUGCCCUCGGACGUCACCGCGGUCGCCCACCGUCGUCGGCCGACGGCCGCUGGGUCUACUUCCCCGACUCGGAACGGCAACACGGCGGUGCCCGAGGGCCAGGCCGCCAACUCGAGCGUCGCGGCGGCGAGGGGCGCCACGGCGUACUCGGCAGUGACGGCGGCCAACGGAGUGUUCCUCGUCGGGUCGAGCACCAAGUCGUUGGGGGCGUCGAACUACUUCGCGCUGCAGGCGGACACGGGGCGCAUCCUGUGGGACUACGCGCCGGGCGGCUCUGCCGUGAGCGGACCGUCGGUCGUGUCGGGCUCGGUCUACUGGGGCUGCGGCUACGCGCGCAUUGGGAGGGGCUGCAAGACCUUCUACGCCUUCUCCGUCCCCUCGUGCUGA